AUGUGUGGCAUUUGUUGUUCUGUGAGCUUUUCUGUUGAGAAUUUCAGCAAAGAUUUGAAAGAGGAUUUACUGUAUAGGCUUAGCCGGCGGGGACCCGACAGUAGUAAACAGUUGGUAAAGUCUAGCGUUGGCUACCAGUGUUUAUUUUCUGGUCAUGUCCUUCACUUAAGAGGUGUUCUGACUGCCCAGCCUGUGGAAGAUGAAAGAGGCGAUGUGUUCCUGUGGAAUGGAGAAGUCUUUAGUGGCAUAAAGGUUGAAGCUGAAGAGAAUGAUACUCAAAUCAUGUUUAACUACCUUUCCUCUUGCAAGAAUGAAUCUGAUAUUUUAUCACUCUUCUCAGAAGUGCAAGGUCCUUGGUCUUUUAUAUACUAUCAAGCAUCCAGUCAUCAUUUGUGGUUUGGUAGGGACUUUUUUGGUCGCCGUAGCCUGCUUUGGCAUUUUAGUGAUUUGGGCAGAAGUUUCUGCCUCUCUUCAGUUGGUGCCCAGACAUCCAGAGAGGUGAAUCAGUGGCAAGAAGUUCCAGCCUCUGGAAUUUUCAGAAUUGAUCUCAAGUCUACUUCCAUUUCCAAAUCUCUGGUUUUAAAACUGUACCCUUGGAAAUCUAUUUCUGGGGAGAAUGUUAUCAAAGAAUGUGUUCAUAGCCUGAUUCAAAUUUCAGCAAACUUGCCAACAUUUGUAUCAGUGGUAGCAAAUGAAGCCAAACUAUAUCUUAAAAAACCUGUUGUUCCUUUAAAUACGAUGAUGCCACAAGCUCCACUUGCAAUUCCUUGCAUUAGCAUCGCUGGUGUCCUACCUACAAGGGAAACACUUCAGAGGCUUCUUACUCAUGGACGCAUGAAGGAAGUAGUUCAGCAGUUCAUUGACGUCCUGAGUGUCUCAGUGAGGAGACGGGUCUUGUGUUUACCCAGGGAUGAAAACCUGACACCACGUGAGGCUUUGAAAGCUUGUGAUAGGAAAGCAAAUGUUGCAAUCCUGUUUUCUGGGGGUAUCGAUUCCAUGGUUAUUGCAGCCCUUGCUGACCAUCACGUACCUUUAGAUGAACCCAUCGAUCUUCUUAACGUGGCUUUCAGGACUAAAGAAAAGACCAUAUUAACUGGUUUUAACAAAAAGAGGAAAAAACAGAAAAGUCAUUGUGAAAUACCUUCUGAAGAAUCCUCUAAAAAUGACAAUGAUAGUCCUGAUAAACAGUUCUGUGUACCAGAUCGUGUCACAGGAAGAGUAGGCCUGAAGGAACUGCAAGCGGCUAACCCUGCCCGGAUUUGGAAUUUUGUUGAAAUUAAUGUUUCUCUGGAAGAACUGCAAGAAUUAAGAAGAACUCAAAUAUGCCACUUAGUCCAGCCCUUGGACACAGUGUUGGAUGAUAGCAUUGGCUGUGCAGUCUGGUUUGCUUCUAGAGGAGUUGGUUGGUUAGUGACCCAGGAUGGGGUGAGGUCCUAUCAGAGCGCUGCAAAGGUAGUUCUUACUGGAAUUGGUGCUGAUGAGCAACUUGCAGGUUAUUCUCGCCAUCGCAUGCGCUUUCAGACACAUGGGAUGGAAGGAUUAAAUGAGGAAAUUGAGAUGGAACUGGGACGAAUAUCGUCUAGAAAUCUUGGUCGUGAUGACAGAGUUAUUGGCGAUCACGGAAAAGAAGCAAGAUUUCCUUUCCUGGAUGAAAAUGUCGUCUCCUUUCUAAAUUCCCUACCAGUUUGGAAAAAGGCAGACUUGACUUUACCCCGUGGAAUUGGUGAAAAACUGAUUCUGCGUCUUGCAGCAGUGGAACUUGGCUUAACAACCUGUGCUCUUCUGCCAAAACGGGCCAUGCAGUUUGGAUCCAGAAUUGCAAAAAUGGAAAAGAAUAAUGAAAAGGCAUCUGAUAAAUGUGGAAGGCUCCAGGUCAUUUCCUUAGAAGACCUCUCUAUUGAAAAGGAGAUUGAAGUGUAAUAUUUCACGACGUAACAGCAUUUGCUGGAUGAUGAUUGUGUAAAAAUAAAACACUAUGCUGCUUUAUUAUCAUAUAA